AUGCCUAACACUCAACCUAAAAUACCACAUGAAUAUUUCAAACGAAAAUGGUCGGAAUGGAAUAUUCAAGAUUUCCUUGAUGAAUGCAACUUGAAAACGUUUGGACAAAAAAUAGAGGAGUACCUUUUAUCUCUCGAGGUAAUUGCUAAUACAGGGGAAAAUGGAAGACGCGAAAAAGCGCAAAGACUGCUUGAUAACUAUAAGAAGGCAAUCUCCGAGACGAGCCAUAAAACUAAUGUUGAGGCACAAGCAACCUCCGAGGUACUUGAUGUUAAAGUCUCCGAGAUGACUCAACAUUAG